UCCGACUGAGCCCUGACAACAAGCUAUCGGCUGUGAGUCUUUGAUGAUAUGGGCACUGCGCUGGCGUUUAAAUCCCUCGGAUAACCUACAGUCAAAUGAACAACGCCCUGCAAACAUUUCAUUAUCAUUACACAUAUACUAUAAUCGCCUCUCUGCGUGUCCACUAUGCCGAGCAAUAAACUUGAGAAGCCUGACAGGCAUGAGGCCAAUGAUAAUGUGAAGGUGGUGGUGAGAUGUCGUCCCCUGAACCAGAAAGAGAAGAUGAUGGGCCACAAACUGGCUGUCAAUGUGGACGAGAUCCGUGGGACCAUCACGGUCAACAAACUGGAGACCCCCCAUGAGCCUCCAAAGACCUUCACAUUUGACACUGUGUUUGGAACAGACAGCAAACAGCUGGAUGUCUACAAUCUCACAGCCCGCCCCAUUGUUGACUCAGUAUUAGAGGGAUACAAUGGCACCAUUUUUGCAUAUGGGCAAACUGGCACAGGAAAAACAUUCACCAUGGAGGGUGUGAGAGCGGUGCCAGAACUCAGAGGGAUAAUCCCAAACUCCUUUGCUCAUAUUUUUGGUCACAUUGCAAAGGCAGAGGGUGACACAAGGUUUUUGGUCCGUGUUUCGUAUCUGGAGAUUUACAAUGAGGAAGUGCGAGACUUGUUGGGCAAGGACCAGAUGCAGAGGCUAGAGGUGAAAGAAAGACCAGAUGUUGGCGUGUAUAUCAAAGACCUCUCUGGUUACGUCGUGAACAAUGCUGAUGACAUGGACAGGAUUAUGACACUGGGCCACAAAAACCGCUCUGUCGGUGCCACAAACAUGAAUGAACACAGCUCCCGUUCUCACGCAAUCUUCACCAUCACCAUCGAGUGCAGUGAGAAAGGAGUAGAUGGAAACCAGCAUGUGCGAAUGGGAAAACUUCAUCUGGUUGAUCUUGCAGGUUCGGAGAGACAGGGCAAGACUGGAGCCACAGGUCAGCGUUUAAAGGAAGCGACAAAGAUCAAUCUCUCUCUCUCCACUCUGGGUAAUGUCAUCUCUGCCCUGGUGGACGGCAAGAGCACACACGUGCCCUACAGGAACUCCAAACUAACCCGUCUGCUGCAGGAUUCACUAGGAGGAAACUCCAAGACCAUGAUGUGUGCAAAUAUAGGUCCUGCAGACUAUAACUAUGAUGAGACCAUCAGUACCCUGCGCUAUGCUAACAGGGCUAAAAACAUCAAGAACAAAGCCAGGAUCAAUGAGGACCCUAAGGAUGCCCUAUUGCGCCAGUUUCAGAAGGAGAUUGAGGAGCUAAAAAAGAAACUGGUGGAAGGUGAAGAGAUCUCUGGCUCAGAGGGCAGCGGAUCAGAAGAGAUGGAUGAAGGUGAUGAUGAAGGAGGGGAGGCAGGAGAAGGCCGCAGGAGAAGAAGAGACAGUGGCAGCAGCAGCAAUAGCUCAGAGUUUGCCUGCUCAGUACCAUGGCCCACUGAGGACAAACCUCAGAAUAAAGAAAGAGGGAGGAAGAAGGUUUCCCCAGACAAGAUGGUGGAGAUGCAGGCAAAGAUUGAAGAGGAAAGAAAGGCACUGGAGGCCAAGCUAGACAUGGAGGAGGAGGAGAGGAACAAGGCAAGAGCAGAGCUGGAGAAGAGGGAGAAGGAUCUCCUUAAAGCCCAGCAGGAGCAUCACCUUCUGCUGGAAAAAUUGUCAGCCUUAGAAAAGAAGGUGAUUGUGGGCGGGGUAGACCUCCUGGCUAAGGCUGAGGAGCAGGAGAAGCUUUUGCAGGAGUCCAACAAUGAACUGGAAGAACGUCGCAGGAGAGCGGAGCAGCUGCGGAGGGAGCUAGAGGAGAAAGAGCAAGAACGUCUGGACAUAGAAGAGAAAUACACUAGUCUCCAGGAGGAGGCUCAAGGAAAGACCAAGAAGCUGAAGAAAGUAUGGACCAUGCUGAUGGCUGCCAAAUCAGAAAUGGCAGAUCUGCAGCAAGAGCAUCACAGAGAGAUCGAGGGUCUCCUGGAGAACAUUCGUCAGCUGAGUCGAGAGCUGCGCCUCCAGAUGCUCAUCAUAGACAACUUUAUUCCCCAGGAAUACCAGGAGAUGAUAGAGAAUUACGUGCACUGGAAUGAAGACAUUGGAGAAUGGCAGCUGAAAUGUGUGGCAUACACUGGCAACAAUAUGAGAAAACAGACCCCUGCUCCAGACAAAAAAGAAAAGGAUCCAUUUGAGGUGGAUCUGUCCCAUGUGUAUCUGGCCUACACAGAGGAGAGCAUGCGGCAGUCACUGAUGAAACUAGAGAGACCCAGAACCUCUAAAAGCGGCAAGAGUGGCCGGCCAAAGACUGGACGAAGGAAAAGAUCUGCAAAGCCAGACGCUGUGAUCGAAUCCCUCCUGCAGUGAACACAGCCUAGAGAAGAGUUUGGUCUCACUGUAGCUUUUAUGUUACUUUAGGAAAAGAAGUCAUUAGUGCAGUCUGAAAAAUUUAUUGUUGAAUAUUAUUUAAAAGACGAUCUGAAUACACUGUAUAGUUGGUUAAAUGUGAAGGAGGUGUGCCUAUUAUAGGAUCAAGACCUCUUAUGUUACUUGUAUUAUAAUCUAAGACUUCUUUGAAGAUGUCCAACAUUUUAAUGGAACACAUUUCUGCAGCGGCAGCCUCUGUGAAAUAAGUUAUUUUAUCCAAGCACCUCUAGCAUUAAGGAGAAAUUUACCAUGCACAUAUUUCACUUGCAACAUCAUUGGUUAUGAUAUGACCAACUCUCUGAAGGAAGUCAUAGAACUGACAGGAUGUUGAACAUAUAAUUGAAGACAUGAACUGGAAACUGCAUUCAUGUUCAUAUUUUGUGAAAUUUGUUAAGUGUAUUUAACACACAAACUGUUUGGCAGUGAACCGCACACUGAUUCUGUAUUAUGGAUUUCCUGCUAUUUGAGAAAGUGGUUCAUAUUAAAUAAGUCGUGCUGAUAUGAAUGCAUUAUAAUCUAAUAUAAUUAACGGUGCAAUUUCACUCAAAUUAAAGCAAAUUAUUCUACUCUGAGUAUAAGUUGUAGCCUCAAUGUUUCUUCCCAUUGAAUACAAGAAAUCAUUAACAUGGAGAAAAACUAAAACGCUAAUGUGGAGGGAACAAGGAGAGGAGAGUGUGUAGUAUCAAAUAUGUAACUGAAAAGUGUGUUUUAUACUUCUUUUAGAUCAGACACGUAGGGGCAUGCAUGCCAGCCAGCUCUUAUGUUGGUGCCAUUUGCUAAUCUAAGCAUUAAUCAUUUACAAAUGUCAGAACACUUUGUGUUAUAUUGAAAUACCCUAUACAUACUGUAUGCCUUAGUAUAAUGCACUAGUAUGAGGUUUUUGUGGACAUGAUUUCAUUUUAUGAUGUUCUGUAGAUGGAGGAAAACUGGCUUUUAUUUUGUAUCAUAAUGUAUGUCAAAUGUUUACAUCCACCAAACCCCUGGAUAUUUUAUUCAUUAAAUUAUUUUACACGUUA